AUGUUCGAGGCCGACGAGCCUGCAUUCGACGAACUAUUGCAAGAGCGGAAAGGUCUGGCAGACUCUGGCACAUUCCUCUUGUAUUUACGUUUGUCUGAUUGUUUUCUCGAUUGUUUAUGCGUCACCAUAUCAGGUCUUCUGGGCCCCCGGACUUCCGUCCGUCCUGUGGCAUGUCGUCUGGCCGUCGGGUCAUCAUGGUGUCUUCUUAUUCUCACUCUGCUGUCUGUGCGCAUGUCUGUCUGUCUAUCUGUCUAUCUGUCUAUCUGUCUGUAUCUUUUUAACCGAUGGUCUGCUUAA